UUUAAGUAAUAAGUUUAUGAUUUGUUACUUGUGAGUUAUGAGUUAGUAAUUUAGUAGUAUUGUAACGUAACUGUGUUCAUACUUUAUAUUUUUUGAUCUUCUUGAACUUGUGUGUUACUUAUCUAUUAAGUAUUAAACAAUUAGUUUCGUCGCAGUGGUCAACUCAAAACAAACGCCUAAAUGGCUGUCGAAGAUAAAAAGUUUGCUUUAAAAAGGCAAUUUUUGGGAUACAUUCAUCCAUUAAAAUCAAUCACCAAUAAUUUGGUUCAAAAAGAAUGUUGGAUAGAACAGAUGAAGUAUUUGGUUCAAGACUUUAAAACACUCCUCAAUUUAUCAUUUAAAGAAUUUUGGUCUACAGUUGUUUUCAACAAACAAGCCACUAUGGGAUUAUGUACAUUUCUUCAAGAAGCUGCUCCUCCCCAUUUGAUGGACCAACUUCCACAGGAUGAUGAUGUGUUGAUCAUUUACAAUGAAAUUGAUAAUUUUGCUUAUAAGCUAUUUAAACGACUAACUAAAUCCUCUGAAAAUAAAGAGAAUUGUAUGUCACCUCAGUAUAUGUGGAGUUUGUUAUGUCAUAACAAUAUUAUAAGUAUUCCCAUGUUGUUUGAUAUAUGUUCAAUUUAUGGUCAAUCAUAUAAAAAGGAAUUAGAAAUAAUUUUCAAAGAAUUGUUUACUUGUCAACAAUUAUACGAAGAAAACUUAAAAAACUUUAUUCAAUUUACAAUUAAAUGCUUAAGUCAGUUUCAAGAUAAAAUUGAAAUAGACAUGGGGGAUGACAAUCUCAUGUGUCAAAUUAAUGAAACCUCUACCGACAUUGAAGAAAGAAAUCUUUCUUUGAUCGAAGAUAACAUUAAUUAUUUAUUAGACACAUCAUAUAAUAUUACAAAUUUCUUGGAAAUUUAUCCGAUGGCGUCUAGACAUUUUUAUCAAGAGAAAUUUCAUAUUGAAAUUGCUUCCUUUUAUCAUACUAUAAAACCAAUAGUUUAUAAGAAAGUAAUUGCUAUGAAUAUAAUGGAAAAAUUCCAAGAAAAGAUUCACGCAUCAAGAUUAUUACUAGUGAAAAGUGUUAGACAGUGUUUAUUUCAUAUAUCUACCCAAAUUACAAAUAAAUCAGAGAAUGCAGUAGAAGAAUAUUUAGAAGUUAUUAGUGAGCUACUAGAAUACAAUGAAUUUGUUAAUGACUAUACUUUGGUAUAUAAUUUAACUAAGGACAUAAGGAAAUUUCAAAAAUCUAAUAAUGAAAUGUAA